UGCUCAGUGUCCCCGUUCAGCUGAUUCACAUCAGCGGCAGCGUUUGAGGUCCGACAGCACAUGGACGCCCAGUGAGAAGAGCGACCACUCCGGCCAAGGGGGUGUACAACGUGUGUGAGGUGUGAUGGCGCUGUGCUCUGAGGCCUGUGUCUCUGGCUCAGGAGGAGAAUCCUCCAGCAGUGAGGCGGCUUCUAGCUGUCUUCAGUUUGGGGUUCGUUCCUAUCUGCACCACUUCUACGAGGAGUGCUCGUCCUCCAUGUGGGAGAGAGACCCGGAGGAUCGGGGUUCCGUCCAGAGGCAGACGUCCACCCCGUGGUGGAACUCACCAGUCUGGAAGGUGUACCUGGCCCUGAGUCUGCUCAUCCUGACUGCAGGCAUUGCCAUCCUGUCAGUUGGUUGCUCCACUCCCCAUAGAAUUGAGUCGUUUGGAGAGGGGGACCUGUUUUUUGUGGACACCGAGGCCGUGAGCUUCAACAGGGGGCUGCAUCUCCGCACUGCUGCAGGGAUCGGGCUCUCCUGUCUUGGAUCGGCCCUGGCGGCGAUGGGGGUUGUUGUUUUGAUCCUCCCCAGGGCCAAUUUGAAAGAGAGGCUUUUCCACAGACCAGGGGAAGGGGAACGGAGAGGAGAGUCUGGGUCAAAAUGGUGGGGAUUUAGGGAUCCCAGGGAUGUGGUCACUAAGCCUCCAGGUAUAGAAAAGGGUAAGAUACCCGUCACUCUGUCGAAAGUGGAAAAUGUGCAGUCCACUUCUUAAAGCAGAUCCCUGCUGAGCUAGAGGGCGUACAGGCUUUUGUUCUAGUCCUGGGGCCUCAUUUGCCUUGUCUUAUUAUUGGUGUUGAAGGAACCAAGUGUCAUUUUAGCAUGCAAAUUGUUCAAAUGGAGAUUGUCUUGUGACCUGGAUAUCACAGUUAGACAUAAAAGUCUGGACACCAGGAUUUAAAAUGGUAAAAUCAAUUCAUUCCCAUGGAAUUGCCACAAUCAGAGGCGGCAAAAUUAAAACUAAUGUUCCGUGUCGAGUUUGCGCAAUUACCCAAUAUUGACCCCUGAGGGAAUGGGGAACCAGAGAGUUAUCGUAGCUUAUUAGCUAUCAUGCACUAUCCACUUUUAUUUAACCCUUCUGUUGGAGUAUAAACUGCUCCACAAAAGAGGAAUGGUGCAGACAGUUAUGAGACGGGAGUCCAUGGUAACAAUCCGUCUAUUGUAUAAACUUUGGGAACUUAUUGUACCGUUAGCGGUACUAUUAACUGACCAUUAGCUAGCUUGUUGGCUUGGAGAGCUUUAUUUUCCCUAAUCAAUGACUUUUUUGUUGGGCAAAAUGUUGUAUCUGAACAAAAUCCUAGGGAGAGCCAACAGAACAGUAGAGAGAAAAUAGAUCCACCGUGAGUGACUAGCUAGGUCUACUUUCAACACCUGUAUGGUUUUAAAAGCACAACUUGAUAUGAACAGAUCUUUUAAUAAAUCCCAAUUAAAAUGUAUAAAUGAGGCCCCAAUACUUAGCCAGAGACCUUGUAGCGCUAUUUAACACCUUGUAUUACAGGACCAGGAUAUAGUUGUUGACCAUACUGUGUUUGUGUGCACUAGUGGUUUGUUUCAAUACAUUGAGUCGUGUCCACCUCAACACUCAAAGAGAGCAGCAUCUCUAAUGACUGAUGACAGAAAAUGAUGUUUUUACCUCCCACUUUAGGGUUUGUCAAUAGAAAUUUUAGCAACUGUUUUUUAAAAUAAUGGUACCUGCAGCUUUCCAAAUAGUUAGACAACGUGCUGAAAUUGCAUGUAUCACAUAAAGAAACCUCUGUUUCUAUUCACAUACAUGUAUAUAGCUUACACACAAAUUACAGGAGGUUCAGAAAGCUGCUACAUGCAAAAGAUGAAGGAUGAAUAAAAGAUAUUAUUAACAAUUCUGUUUCCACCUUUUCACAUAGUUCCACUAAUGCUCAACCUGCUAUAUUCAACAUGUGCAGUCACAUGCACUUGCAAUCACACGCUCACACAACCACCCACACACAAAUUCAUGCUCCAUUGACAAUAUUGCCUAUUUUCUCCCCCACUGUAAUCUUGCUCUGUAAUUGCCUGCAAUGUGUCUCUAGGCAACAGUUGGGCUACAAGUGCUCCAUUUUCAACCACGAACAAAGACUCUUUUCUGAUUGGCCCAGCACUUGCCCUCUCUUUAUUUUCACACCAAUCUGAGUUUUUGUUGACAGGCGUACACAGUGAAGUGGUGAAGCGGUGAGGUCAGAGGAAUUAGCACCAGCACCUUAGAGGCCACCUGUUUCAGAGUCCAAGUAGCUUGAAUAAUAGAGAGAACAACUUAGAAAGAAAUUUAAAAAUAGAAUGAUCGUGAUGUACUGAUUGGUUACCUGCAGUGAUUCCACUGGAUUAUUAUUGAUGUGUCAUUGUUCUGUUGUUAUUAGUUUAGAUGAAGAUAAUGGAAUAAAAUGAGGAUCAAGUGUCACGAGUGCAAAACAAAUGACCCAAAUAAAAUUGUGAUCUGCAUACCUCAAUGUAUUAGUUUGUGUUUUGUUUCAUUUGAUAAAAAGAUUUCACCACGGCAAGAAUAUAAACCUGUUUGAAACCAACUUCAAGAAUUAUACUUUUUUUUUUACA